UCCCUCCCUCACAUUCUUGCUGGCCGCUCCUCCCUCUGCCUCACACGCCUCCAUGUCGGCAGCAAUUGUCUGUGAUGCAGCUUCAGUAAUAAUGGGAGGGAAUUGUUAUUCAUUGUGAGAAGGGCUGGAGAUCGGUGUCUGGGAGCGCACAGAAAGGCAGUCUUGUGCCCUUCAGCUGCGAGAGAGGAGGAGCAGGGCGAGCAGGUGGAACUGACUGUGACUAAGGUGUGGAGCUGAGAGGAUCUGCAGGACAUCAUGACUGAGCACUGGAAUGUGUGAGGGGACAGAAGGAUGGCCAAGCAGCUGAGCCAGGAAGAGGUGCUGGAUUUCUUGUGCCAGGGUGGAGGGAAGGUGCCCAAUGCCUUGCUGCUGGGUCACUUCAAGUGUUUUCUUAGGGACCCCAAUGCGCCCACAGAGCAGCUCCUUAAGCACAGGGAGAGGUUCAAGCGUUUCGUGAACUCAGUGGCGGUGGUGAAACAGGAGGGAGCUGUCAAGUAUGUGGUGCUCAGGAGUCGCUAUCGUGAUCUGCUGGGAGAGGACUUUUCGCGACCAUCGACUCCUGUAAAGCCUGACAAUCAGGAGGAUGAUCACAUUGUGCCUGCUGUGCCUCAUGGAGAUAAGGUACGUGAUGGCUGUGGGGUUCAUAGCAAUGGAUUUGGCCACCAAGGUGAAUCUGCACAAGCUCUUCCACAUGACCAGCAGUCUGUAGUUCUUAUCUCAGAUGCUCCUCAUGGGGUUCUGGAGGGAAGGACUUGGGGUGCCUGUUCCUAUAAGGAGCCUUAUUCUCAUGAUCAUGAACUUAAAUAUCACCAACCAUCUCAGUGGACUUCACCUUCUCCUAACUCUGAUACUACUUCAUCCUGUCUCACCUCAUCACCAGCAAGCAAUACCUCCUCCCCUCAAAAUAAUGCGUCUUUCCUGCACAGAAGUAAAUCCAUGGAGUACACUAAGGUCAGUCCACAAGUCAUCAGAGCUUCACCUUCAGAAAAGCCCUACCAGCAACAUUGUAAUAAUACCUACCUGACUUCCUUACCAGCCAGCAAUGACUCCUCACCUUCUAACAAACACCCCUACCACAACCAGUCCUCCUUGUCUUGUCCUGCUGGAAGCCUUGACAUUCCUGAGAUUCCCUCCCAGGCUUCUGGUGGGCACUUUAGAGUCCAACCUAUAGCACAUAAGAAAGCUGAGUCUACUAAUGCUGCUUUUGUGAACGCAACCAGCAGGGUUCCUGAGGGACAAAAACAUGGAGGCUAUACUGAGCUGCAACCAUCAAAUUUCCACUUAAAUGGCACUUUUCUUCCAGAUGAGCACAAAGACUUUUCUAAUCCUGUACAGGAUAAAGAGCAGAUGCCUAACUCCUAUCCUGAUCUGCCACCUUCACCUCCUUCUUCCAGGUACAUAGAUUCACCACACCCAUCCCCCUCCCUGCUGAUCCCACAUGAAUCAAGCAUCGCUCCUCCAGAUGUUCAUCUGGAAGAUUAUCAGCCGGAGAGUCGCAGCCCCUCUCCACCGCUACCUCUCUAUGAUAUCCAUGACAUGUGGAUGUCUAAAAUGCCAAUCUUUAAAAGCAUCAGAUGCCAGCUUUCGUUGCAGGAUAUGGAGGACUUUGUUGAUCAGGAUAGCUGUGGAAGUGACGGGAGCGACAGUGGUGAAGGGGCUGACUGUGACACUGAGCACAAUAUUGAUGAAGACCCGUCCAGUGACUCUAAUAAUGACAAAUAUGUACAUUACGUUAAACAGAAAUGUGAGAAUGCUAGACGAUGUCCACCUAGUAGAAAAUUCCUUAGCAUCAAUGAGCAGUAUGAUAAACUAAAAAGUUCAGCUCCCAUGGAUGUGGACACUUUAGCUGAAUGUGGAGUAGAAUCUACUACACCUGCACUAACAAGCACUCAGUCCAGUAAAUCUCCAUAUACCACCAAGUCUUUUCUCACUGACCAAGCCCCCAUCAUGUUUGCACUGGUCCAGAACCCACCAAGGCAAAAAAUGAGUUCUUCUAUGCAUGAGGUAAUGUCAUCAUCCGAUGAUGAACUCAUUGAAAGGGAUUAUAGAAAGAGGAGGCGGCCAUCACGAGCUAAAAGACCACCUAAUGUUGUGUUGGUGCCUCCACAGCCGGAUGUAGACUUGCUUCUAACAGUGAAGCCUGUGAGCUCCAAUAAUUUUACUACAUCUGAUAUCAAAGACCAAAAGUCUCUCCAUUCACAGUAUGAACCCAAUGUGAAUACGGAUUUUGCCCUUAAAAAGACUUCUAAUUAUAAACCUUCUUCUGUUGUCCCCUUGGAUUCAAUGGAACAUGACUGGAUUGUUAAGUCGGCUACAGGGUCUUGGCUUCAGGUAUAUGGCUUGUUCAUUGAGGACCCGAGUCUAGCAUUACAGAAAGAUUUCAUCUCCGGAUUUACAGCUCUUCACUGGUUUGCCAAACAUGGUGCUACUGACAUGUUCCACAAGUUUGUAGCUGGUGCCAAAAAGGCCGGGAUUCAACUGGAUGCUAAUGUCAAAUCCAACGGUGGAUAUACUCCUUUACACAUAGCUGCUAUCCAUGGCCACCAUAAAGUAGCAAUCAUGCUAGUAGAAAAACUUCAUGUCAACGUGAAACUUAGGGACAAUAGUGGUAAAAGGGCAUGGCAAUACCUGAGCGGCAACACUUCUGGAGAAGUUUGGAAGCUUUUGGGAGCGCCUAAGGGGAAAACAAUUUUUGCAUCACGUGCCUUAAAUAUCACUAGCACUGUAAGCACUCAGAACAAAUCCAGUCAGAUCAAUAGAAAGACUUCCUUAGCAGCUUUCUUGAAGCCUCAGCAUCAGAAAUGGAAAGCAAACAAUCACCCCGUUUUGAGGGAAAGAGAAAUCUACAGUGACUAAGACAGGAAAUCUCAUGUUCUUCCUUGUUUGCUUGAGCUAAGGGGUUUAGCAGUUGUUAUGUGGACCUGUUGUUAACGUACACUAGAAUAGUCCAUCUUUUGUACUUAUAUGCUAUUGGAUCAGUGAAAAAAACAAGGUUUUGCAAUACUAAUAGGGUUGACUUAUUUUUGUGGAGUCUGAGUUAGGCUAAGUUUCCACUUGGUUUUUUUCUGGUAGAUUUUGGAAUACUGCCUCA